AUGGCAUCCAAGGAGCUCCCCGCACGCCUCAAGGAGGGACUCGAGAACACCAAAGUAGAGUACCGCCAGCUCGGAAAGUCCGGACUUCGCGUUUCGGUCCCGAUCUUUGGCUGCAUGAGCUUCGGCGAUUCCCGCACACUGGGCUGGGCCUUGAACGAAGACGAGGCUCUUCCUCUUCUAAAGGCCGCGUACGAUCGGGGGCUAAACACCUGGGACACCGCCAACGUCUACUCCAACGGCGCAUCCGAGGUGACGAUCGGCAAGGCCCUCAAGAAGUACAACAUCCCGCGCGAGAAGGUAGUCAUAUUGACGAAGCUAUUUUUCGCUGUGGGGGAGGAACCAGAGGCUAGGCAUUUCAGUUAUCGAGAGGAAUUCCAAAGGUCGAAAGACUACCAGAACCAAUGGGGUUUGUCCCGAGGCGCCAUCUUCAACCAGGUUGAGGCCUCCCUCAAGCGACUCGACACCCCGUACAUCGACCUUCUUCAGAUCCACCGAUUCGACCCGAGCACCCCUAUCGAGGAGACGAUGAAAGCACUGCACGAUCUCGUCCUGACUGGCAAGGUGCGAUACAUCGGCGCAAGCAGCAUGUGGGGUACACAGUUUGCCCAGAUGCAGUUCGUGGCCGAGAAGAACGGCUGGACCAAGUUCGUGAGCAUGCAGAACCAGUACAACCUUCUUUACCGGGAGGAAGAGAGGGAGAUGAACCGCUUUUGCAACGACACGGGCGUCGGCCUGAUCCCAUGGGCUCCUCUGUGCCGCGGUCAUCUGGCCCGACCCCCGAAGGAUUUCGGCACAACCUCCCGCAGCAAGGGCGAGAAGGAAAGCCAGCCCGGAAGCCACGGGACGGUCGAGCCGGACCUUACGAUCAUUAAGCGCGUGCAGGAGAUCGCGGAGAAACGCGACUGGCCCAUGUCCCACGUGGCUCUUGCAUGGAUCAACAAGCGCAUCACGAGCCCCAUCAUUGGCUUCAGCAGCGUCGAUCGAAUCGACCAGGCCAUUACCGCGGAUGGCAAGGUCCUGACUGACGAGGAGGAGAAGUAUCUCGAAGAGCUGUACCAGCCCAAGGCCAUUUCUGGACACAGGUAA